AUGUCCCCAUCUUCAGGUGACGAAUCCAUGGAAAAUUUCAAAGAACCUGAAAAAGAAGUUCAAGAUGCUGAGGAUGAAAAAGAAGCGGAAACUUCUGCACAAGAAACAGAACCAAAAAUGCAGUGCCAGUUUUGUCAAGUUUUGUGCAAUUCCAUCAAAACCUUUGAAUGUCACACCUUGAAAAGUGACUGCCCUCGUUGCGGAUUUGCGCAGCCUUGCCACACCCUUUUGACCCAUCACCUGGACAUGUGCCGUUUUGAGCGUCGAUCGAAGGAAUUUCAGUGCGGCGAAUGCAACAAAGUUUUUAAAAAGGAGCGCAAACUGGAGUCGCACAGGCGGCGCCGACACUAA